GGGUCCUUGAGUGCUGCAUGACGUCACGCAGCCUCCCCUCCUCGGUGCUCGGUGGAAACGUGGAGCACUUCUCUCUUCUCGGUGUGUUGUUGGUUUUUUACCAUCAAAAACAGCUUCUGUGCGGUUUGUCAUCACUCAGAGCCACGCUGACACACACUGACCUGUCAGGUUGACAACAAUGGAGUACAUGCAGGCGCCUGCCACGAGCAGCCAGGGCAACAUCCUGUGCUGUACCUGUGGCGUCCCUAUUCCUCCCAACCCAGCCAACAUGUGUGUAGCCUGCCUGCGUACUCAGGUAGACAUCUCGGAGGGAAUCCCAAAGCAAGUCACAGUGCACUUCUGCAAGCAGUGUGAAAGGUAUUUACAGCCUCCAGCCAGCUGGGUGCAGUGUGCCCUGGAGUCCAGAGAACUGCUGGCCCUUUGCCUGAAAAAGAUUAAGAGCUCUAUGACCAAAGUGCGUCUCAUAGAUGCUGGCUUCCUGUGGACAGAGCCACACUCCAAAAGGAUUAAGAUGAAAGUGACCAUCCAGAAAGAGGUGAUGAAUGGCGCUAUCCUACAGCAGGUGUUUGUGGUCGAGUUUGUCGUCCAGUACCAGAUGUGUGACGACUGCCACCGUGUGGAAGCCAAGGACUUCUGGAAGGCCGUGGUUCAAGUUAGGCAGAAGACUGCUCAUAAAAAGACAUUCUACUAUCUAGAGCAGCUGAUCCUCAAGCAUAAACUCCACCAGAAUGCCCUCAACAUCAAAGAAAUCCAUGAGGGGAUUGAUUUCUACUACGGCACCAAGCAGCACGCUCAGAAGAUGGUCGACUUCCUCCAGUGCACCGUGCCCUGCAGGUCAAAGACAUCCCAGCGCCUCAUCUCUCACGACAUCCAUUCAAACACGUACAACUAUAAAAGCACCUUCUCCAUGGAGAUCGUACCUGUCUGUAAGGACAACGUCGUGUGCCUUUCACCACGGCUGGCGCAGAGUCUGGGCAACAUGGGUCAAGUGUGUGUCUGCGUCCGUGUCACCAGCACCAUCCACCUCAUCGAUCCCAACACCCUGCAGAUUUCUGAGGUGGAUGGGAACACAUACUGGCGCAACCCCUUCAACAGUCUCUGUAACCCACGGCAACUGGAGGAGUUUAUCGUUAUGGACAUUGACAUCAUCAGAGACCAGAAGCUGGGUGCUGGAGCUGGCAUGAGGUCCAAUAAGCACACUCUGGCUGAGGUUUGGGUUCAGAAGACGUCGGAGAUGAACACCAAUCAGCAGUAUCACUGCCGUACAUUCCUGGGCCAUCUGCUCAACAUUGGAGACCUGGUGCUGGGCUUUGACUUCGCCAACUCUAACGUUAAUGACGAGUACCUGAAUAAGAUGAACCCUCACCACGUCCCUGAUGUGGUGCUGAUAAAGAAGAGCUACGACCGCACCAGGAGGGUGAAGCGCAGGAACUGGAAACUGCAGGAGAUGGACAAAGACCGUGAGGGCAUGGACACAGAUGAUGAGAGACAAUACCAGGACUUCCUGGAGGAUCUGGAGGAGGAUGAAGCUCUGAGGAAGAAUGUGAACAUCUACAGAGAUGUGUCAAAGAUCCCAGUGGAGAGCGACACCGAUGAUGACGGAGCACCUCGUAUCUCUCUGGUGGAGAUGCUGGAGGAGCUCAGUCUGACAGACGCCACAGGAGGAGAGGGCGCUGACAUGAUGACAGAGUAGCCGGUCGCCGUCCUGCUUGUGCGCCACUGAUGGCUGAUCUGUCAAAUACAGGUCCGCUGAUCCCAAAGCGAUAUUGUUACAGAGCUGAGGACUGAUUGAACCAUCAACAAAUCAUGUUUCAUACUGAAAAUAUCCACACUUCAUAAGACUGUGGUGUAAUCACUCAUUAUAGUUAAAAGCCCAUAAACUGGGUAUAAUGGUGCCACUUGGUAACAAACAAGUUUCUGUAGAGAAACUGGACUCUCUGGAUUCCUACCUCCACUAUAGGCUUAUGAAAUUCAGAUUUUCAUAUAAAGUUUUGGAGUGAUGUUGAAGUGCUUCUAGAUCACCAUAUCAAAAUAAAUAUUUGUCCUAA